CCCCCCAGAAAUGAAACCUUCUUGUCAUUAUUAUUCCUUUCAUGCAUCAAACAAAAACAAAAACAAAAAAAAGGUGCUAGCAACCUAUAUGAUAUCAACCUCUGCAUAAGAGACCUCCAUGCACUCGUGCAUGCAUCUUUUCCCAAACCAAAGAAAAGGUACACACAUAUCCACUCACGUCACUUCUGCUGCUACUAUUGAUCAAAUGAAUCAAGAAAUUAGCUACUGUCCUGCGCAGUGAUGCAUGGCCGAGUGGUGUUGUGGGGAGCUUCAAUUCACUCACUGUAGUAGCUAGUAGCAUGUUGAGGCCGCGAUAUCAAUAUGGGGGGAUCAUAUUGGCGCAGCUGCUGCUUCAUGUGCUAUUCCCAAAACAUACUACUGUCGUCGCUGCCGCUGAUCUAAGUUCAGACAAACAAGCCCUUCUCGACUUCGCUUCUGCAGUUCCUCAUCCCCGUGCCAGGAAACUCGACUGGAAUGCUCAACCUUCAUCAUCAUCAGCCUGCAGGUCUUGGGCUGGCGUCACCUGCACCGCCAACGCCACUCGUGUCCUUGAGCUUCGGCUUCCGGGCUUCGGGUUUGAUGGUCCUAUCCCCCGCAAUACCUUAGGGAGGCUCGAUGCCCUGGCCUCCCUCAGCCUUAGAUCCAAUCGCCUCUCCGGGGCUCUUCCCUAUGAUAUCCUCUCUCUUCCUUCCCUCCGCUACCUCUACCUCCAACGCAACAACUUCUCUGGCUGGGAUCUUCCAACCCCAUCCUCCUCCAUCUCUCUCUCUCCUCAACUCACCUUUCUCGAUCUCUCCUUCAAUUCCUUCCCCGGCAACAUCCCCGAUCAACUCUUCACCAAUUUGACCUUUCUCGCUGGAUUGAAUCUCCAAAACAACUUGCUCACAGGACCUAUACCUGAUCAACUCGGCCAGCUACCGGCCCUCGUCCACUUAAACCUCAGCUUCAACAACUUGACCGGUUCCAUCCCACCUUCUCUGCAGCGCUUCCCCGCUUCCUCAUUCCUGGGAAACUCCUUACUCUGCGGAAGGCCCCUCAACCAGCAGUGUCGUGCUCCAGUUUCACCAUCGAUACCUCCUUCUUCCGCCGUACCAUCACCUUCUCCUUCUCUUGCUCCUCCUCCUCCUCAUUCUUCUUUCGCACAGUCUCCUUUGCCAUCCUCACCGCCCCCACCACCACCAGCUUCUUCUCAAAAGCAUAAUAAGUCAAAGUUAAGUACUGGUGCAAUUGUUCCCAUUGCACUCGGAGCUUGUGCAUUCCUGAUUCUCCUGGUCCUAGUAAUAGUGUUCCAAUGCUGCAUGAAUAACAAGAAAAGAGAUUCAGAAACAAGUGCUAGUGCAGUACUGGUGAGAGUUAAUCCCUUCCGCGGAGGAGGAGGAGGAGGAGGAAAAAUCCAUGAGGCGAAGCAGCUUAAGGAGGAGGGGGAAGGCUACUUGUCUAGGAGCGGCGAGGCCGAAAAGAACAAAUUGGUUUUCUUGCAAGGAGAAGGCAAUUUUGAUCUGGAAGACCUCUUGAGAGCGUCAGCUGAAGUACUGGGAAAGGGAGCUUCCGGGAAAACCUAUAAGGCGACCUUGGAGGAUGGAACUACCGUUGCCGUGAAGCGGCUCAAAGAAGUGGCGGCGGUGGUGGGAAGAAGGGAAUUUGAACAACACAUGGACAAUGUUUGGAGGGUCAAUCACCAUCACCACCCCAAUGUUGUCUCCCUUCGUGCUUAUUACUAUUCCAAAGAUGAGAAACUCCUCGUCUACGAUUUCGUCCCCUUGGGCAGCCUGUCCACAUUAUUGCAUGGAAAUAGGGAGCCCGAUGGAAGGAGAAGGCUGGAUUGGAAAUCCAGAGUAAAGAUUUCGCUUGGAGCCGCCAGGGGCAUUGCCCACAUCCAUUGUGUUGCCGGUCGGAAAUUGAGUCACGGAAAUAUCAAGUCGUCCAAUAUCCUGCUCACCCAAGACCUGAGUGGAUGCGCCUCUGAUUUCGGUGUUACCCCAAUCGUGGGUUUACCUCGUAGAAGUACCGGAUACAGAGCACCUGAAGUGAGCGAGACGAGGAAAUACACUCAGAUGUCUGACGUUUACAGCUUCGGUGUGGUCCUGCUCGAAUUGCUAACGGGGAAAGCACCCGUUGUCCAACCAGCAGGGCAGGGGCAUGAUGGGGUAGUAGACCUAGCGAGGUGGGUGCAAUCUGUUGCUAGAGAAGAAUGGACGGCGGAGGUGUUUGACGCUCAGCUUGUCAAGAAUCCGGACAUUGAAGACGAAAUGGUGCAGAUGCUGCAGAUCGCAAUGGCCUGUGUAGCCAGGACACCCGACAUGAGACCCAAUAUGGAGCAAGUUGUGAGAAUGAUCCAGGAAAUACGGCAACCCGAUCCCGGGAACAGGCCUACAUCCGCCGAUUGACGACGAGCCCUGGAGAACCUGCUGUGGCACUUACUACUAAUGAAUGUUCCCAUUCUAACUAUUAAGUUGUCUGCGAAGACCCCCACCCCAUUCUUCUUUCUGUUUGAUCUCUGAUGGGGGAUUAUUUUUCCUUCCGCUUCUUGAAUUGGUUCGACAGCCGCGCAAGCAAUCUCUUACUAGCAGCAUAUCAGAAAUGUGUACAUCUUUCUCAUGAAACAUGUUACUAUUGUCAAACUCUGAUUUCAAAAUGUUCUUCAAUAAAAAUCCCAACGGAAGGGAAGAACCCUGCGUGUUCCCUGGUUACAUCAAAGUAUGUCCAUCACUACUAUCUAUAACCAAACAAGGUGUUCUGAAUUCGAGAAUACAAUCUAGAAAAUUUCCCCUCGAGAUAUCUCUUCCUAUCUUCUUUUCAGAGGUUGGAAAGG